AUGAACAACAAAAACAAUAAUCUGGAAACACGUGAAAUAACUAGUAAUACUCCUACUCCCCCUCCUGCUGCUACAAAUAAUAACAUCCCAAGGUGUAACGCAAGCCAGGCCUGCGCGGCAUGCAAGUACCAGCGCAGAAAGUGCGCCCCUGACUGCAUUCUCGCACCGUAUUUCCCUCACCUUCGGCAACGUCAGUUCCUCAACGCCCAUAAAUUGUUCGGCGUGAGCAACAUUACCAAGAUUAUUCGGAAUCUCGAAAAAUACGAUAAGGACGAGGCCAUGCGGACGAUUAUUUACCAGGCUGAUGUUCGGGCUAGUGACCCUGUUGGCGGGUGUUAUCGAAUUAUACGUGAGUACGUUGCAGCGGCAGAUUGA